GACUUAACUUAAAUAAAGAAACUCGAGAGUGAUUCCCACAUCUUCGAGAUUUCUUCUUGAUAUCCUAAAAAACUCCUCUGAACUAUUCAGUACAACACUUUUUAUUUCAUAAUAUUUCUCCCACCUAUAUGUUGUGUUGGAUGAAUUAUUAGAAAUACUAUGAAUAAUAAUCCAUUUGUUGCGUCAAUUAAUAAAGAACCUAAGGACUCAACAUCUAAGAAUAAUACCUGUAUAAAUCAGAGUGAUAAUAACAAUUUAAAUCCCACAACUAGUGUCUCCCAAAAUUCCUUAAAAUUUGUAUCUCAUAUACAUUCUAAUUCAAAACCAAAAUUAAAAACCAAAUCAACUACAGCUUCCAUGUCUCAUACUAAUACUACUGUCAUUACUACCAAUAUUAAUCCCAACACUAUUAGAACUAACGAAAUGUCUUUUGAACAUCUAAUAAGGCCUCCGGCUCCUAAAUUCCAUUUGGAACAUGGCAUAUAUUCUAACAAUAAUAAUAAUACAAAUAAUACAAAUAAUACUAAUAAUAAACCAUCUACAUCAUCAAGUUCAACUGCAUCUUCUCCGCCUUCAAAUAAUAUCUCGAAUGGAAUAAUAUUAUCAACUCCUCCAUCAAAUAUAUCUUCAUUAUCAACUCCUCCCAAUCCAAACCGUCAUAAUACCCAUGAUUUCUUUAAUUAUCCAGAAACUUCAACUAUAUCAUCAAAUUCUUCAUCAUUAGCAUCUUCUCCUCGUGUAGGUAUAAUGAAUUAUUCUCCUAAACAUUCUCGGAAAAUAAGUACCUCAUCCCUUAAUAGAAAUAUGAAGAAUUUAUCAUUAAAUUUAGGUAAUGGACAUUCUCAUUCUGCAUCUUUUCAAAAUAAAUCUCAAUAUUUAAAAAGUGGGUAUCAUUCAAAUUCUUCUUCACUUGAUUCUACUUCUCCUUCAAAUGUUAGUUCUCCUCAUAUUAUUCAUAAAGCAUCUCCUUCAUCAAGAAAAGUAUCACUUUCAUUACCUAUAGAUUCUACAAAUAAUCCUAAUCAACCACCUCUUAUUACCCCUUCAGUAACUAAAACUCCUUCUAUUCCUCCCAUUAUACCCCGUCAACAAUUUCAUUCUGUCCAAGAUCUUGAAAUUUCUCAUAAAGUAGCAGGUAUGCCAUUUACAUUUCCAUCAAAAGAUUAUUAUCUGAAUAUAAAUGAUUUAUUAGAUAGUUAUCAAGGAGAUAGUGAAAGAACAGAAUUUAUACCGACUUCACAAACAUUUCAAAAAGAUAAUGAAAAGGUUAAUUUAAUACCCCCUCCUCAAUCAUUUCAAAGUUUUGAUCGUCUGAAAUUGAAAAGUCCCCUUAUUUUAAAUGGAAGUGAUGGAGAUAUUCAAGUCAAUCAUGUAACAUUAGAGGAUUUAUAUGGAGAAGAACUUGAAACAAUUAAUCAAUAUCAAUUAAUUAAUCCUAGUGGAUUUCAUAAAUUAAAUUCUAAUUCCAUGGAUAGCAAUUCUACAACCAAUAUUAUACAAAUUCCUGAAGAACUUCAAGAAUCAAAUCGUUUAAAUGCAUAUCCUGAUGGACCUAGAAAUGUUCUUAAUAGUCAAAUUUAUCUUUAUUCUGAUCCAAAUUAUCGUAAACUUCAAUCUCAUCAACAUUCAGAAAGUUUAAGUAGUACCAAUAGUGAAACUAGUAAUGGAAGUAAUGAUAAUAUUACAACCCCUAGUGUUGAUAUUAAUAAUUAUGAUUUGGUCAUUAAUGUGGCUAAAGAAUGUGAAAAUUUGUCCAAAGAAUUUGGUGAUCAAAUAGUCGAUACUCGAGAAUAUCUCUUCUUCCCAUGGUCCCAUACUUCAUCAAUUUCUCAAUCAUUAGACUAUAUAACUUCCAAAAUGGAAACGUUUGACAAUAAAGGGUUAAAGAUUUUAGUUCAUUGUCAAUGUGGAGUAUCUCGAUCAGCAUCAGUCAUUGUGGCUUACUUUAUGCUUAAAUUCAAGAUUGGAGUUAAUGAUGCUUAUGAAUUAUUAAGAACAGGAACCAAUUCCGAUGAACCGGUCAAUCGCUUAAUUGCUGAUAAAGGAAAUCAUAUUGAAGCAUGUCUGAAAAUAUGUCCCAAUAUGUCGUUAAUCUUUGAAUUGAUGGAAUUUGGUGAUAACUUGAGAAAACAAUCUGAAUAAGUAGUUAUGUUAACUAUGUAUAAUUAAUGAAUAUCGUAAUGUCGCUAAACUCCC